GGGACGGGAGCCCAGCGCGGCGGGCGUUGGGGCUGAGGGGCUCUGCGAGACGGGACGGGACGGGACGAGCGGCUCCCUGGCCCUCAGGAUGCUCGGAAGCCCGAAGCGCGCCCGCCGCGGGGCCGUGCCGGGGCCGCGCCCUGGCCCCUGGGCGAAGGUGCCGGCCGGCUCCCGGGAGCGCCGCUCGCCGCCGCCGGGCUCCGCGGCGCCCUAAGCCCCGCGUACGGCUGGCGGGCGGCGCCGUGAUGCCCGGCGGCGGCAGCAGGGCCCCGACGUAGCGUGGCGGCGCGGCAGCCCGGUCCCGCGGGCGGAGGAUGGCGUGUCGCGGCGCCUGCUGCUGCUCCAGCGCGGGUCGUCUCAACGCGGACAACGCGCGGUUCCUCCUGCUGGCGGUGCUGAUCGUGCUGUACAUGCUGUGCGGCGCCGCCGUCUUCUCGGCCAUCGAGCUGCCCACGGAGCGGGAGGCUAAGGAGCGCUGGGAGGAACGCCUGGAGAACUUCACCCGGCGCCACAACCUCAGCCGUGCCGAGCUCCGGCACUUCCUCCGGGAAUACGAGGAGGCGAGCGUGGCCGGCAUCCGCGUCGAUGACAUACGGCCCCGAUGGGAUUUCACGGGCGCUUUCUACUUCGUGGGCACCGUCGUUUCUACUAUCGGGUUUGGUAUGACCACCCCAGCCACCGUUGGAGGCAAAAUUUUUCUGAUAUUUUACGGCCUUAUAGGAUGUGCAGGGACCAUUUUGUUCUUUAACCUGUUCCUGGAGCGCUUGAUCACUGUCAUAGCUUAUGUCAUGAAGUCCUGCCAUGAAAGACAGCUGAGGAGGAAAGGGGUUCUCCCUCACAAUGGCCGCCGGGGCUCGGGGACCUCUGAGGUGGACAGCCUGGCGGGCUGGAAGCCCUCUGUGUACUAUGUAAUGCUGAUUUUAUGUGUAGCAUCCCUCAUCAUUUCCUGCUGUGCCUCUGCAAUGUACACACCCAUUGAAGGGUGGAGUUACUUUGACUCACUUUACUUCUGCUUUGUGGCCUUCAGCACCAUUGGUUUUGGUGAUCUGGUCAGUAGCCAGAACAUCAGGUAUGAGAGCCAAGGCCUUUACCGCUUUGGCAACUUUGUCUUCAUACUCAUGGGGGUGUGCUGCAUCUAUUCCUUAUUUAAUGUGAUCUCUAUUGUCAUCAAGCAGUCCAUAAACUGGAUAUUAAAGAAGCUGGCCUGCAAGUGCUGCCACAGGUGCCAAAGAAGAUUGUUUCGUUCACGGAGGAACGUGGUGAUGCCGGGAAAUGUGCGCAGCCGGAGAAACAUCUCCAUCGAGACUGAGGGUGUCAAUGAGAGUGACACGGACGGACGCCGUCUCUCGGGGGAGAUGAUCUCCAUGAAAGACUUCCUGGCCUCCAAUAAAGUCUCACUGGCCAUCAUGCAGAAACAGCUGUCAGAAACUGCUAAUGGGUAUCCAAGGCAAAUGAGCUCUAACUCAAAGCAAAACGGAUUCUCUGGUGGGGUUGGAGCCCUAGCAAUUAUGAAUAACAGACUGGCAGAGACAAGUGUGGACAGGUAAAAUAAUAACAGUAAUAGCAGUGAAAGAGUGCGAGCCAUUUCAACAGGUAUUGAAACAAUGUGAAUCAAGUGAAAUAGCUAGGGUGAGAGCACCACCUGAGGGUGGGAUCAUGUGAAGAGCAUACCUCCUAAUGGAAGACCUCUUGACUUUUCUGGGGGCUGUCACUUAAUGUUUUUGCAUUGUACCAGUCCCAGCCUUCCUUCUUCCCAUCACUCUGCUCCUCAAGCAGGUUAUUGCAGGAGGAUUUUAAUUUAGCCUUCAGAUAAAAUUUCUAUGUCCUGUUCUUCUCCAUUAUGUGACAUACAGAUUUCAGGAUAAGAAAUCUGUGGGAUGAGAGGAAACCAAGUGUGUCUACUGAACACAUUCUUAAUUCAGAAAUUGUUUGGAAUUCUCUGUCUUACUCUCAUCAUGCCUGUUUCCUGGACAUGACUUAUCUGAGACCAAAAGAUGAAUCAGCCUUUGUGAUAUUGCAGAUCUAAUUUAAUGGAAAAUAGUAUGAAAGCUGGUAGGUAUAUUCUGGAGCUAUUGUAGUGUGAAUGGGGAGAGAAUUUUGCCUUUUGAAUUUAUUUAGUCUUUCCUAUAAUAGGAUACUGUCAAAAGUGAUAGAAUAAAAACUUAUCCUACUUUUGGUUUCUUCAUUUUCAAAACAUGAUAAUUUUCCAAGGAUACUUUUUCUUCUAGAGUCGAAUCACUAUGGCUUUCUGCUUCAAAAAUGUCAAAUUAAAUUGAAAAUUGACAUACUGAUGAGUGGUAUGAAUUAUUCCACAACAGAAAUCAAAGACUUUCCAAAUUUCUGUUCAUAUUUGCCUCAAUUGUGACCAAAGCAUCAGCAUUCUGUAAGGCAACUAGUAACUGAGUUUACACAACAGGCUUUAGUAUGCAAUUAGAUUGCUAUGCCAGUAUCCAGAGUGUUGUUAUAAAUGACUGUGAUCACAGAAUCACUUUGGCAAUGUCCUUUUUCUCUUUUGUGUAAUUCUGUCAUUCUUCAUCUGUUUCUCUGGCUUUCAGUGAUAAUAAUGACAGUGUCUUGAUUAGGGAAAUAGAAAAUGUUUUAAUUCCUUGUUUUUCUCAAUGAAAUUUUCUGAGUGCUCAUUAUGACUAGAAAGGAAAUUUCAAUGAGAAGAAUAAUAACAGUGAGAAGAUCAUGAAAACAGGAAAAGAAAUGAUCUUUAAUGACAGUAGAAUCAUCCUUUGUAUUAUGUGGCUAGAGAAAUAAGAAGUAAAUUAGCAUAAAAUCUCAAGCAAGAAGUAAAUUAACAUAAAAUCUCAGGCAAGAAGUAAAUUAACAUAAAAUCUCAAGCAAGAAUUUAAGGAAGACUGGGCUGAAUUCCUGGUUCUCCUUUAUACUUGCAACACAUUAAAGCUAAACAAUAUAUGAGAGUGUAAGUAAGCAGAACUUGUCACAGAGGACCACAUCCCCUGGAAAAAGUAGUAUAUGCAUCAGGACUAAAUAUUUUCUCACAGCUGGAAAGCCUUUCAGAAUACUGCAAUAUUAGCAAAUUUAAAACAUCCUUAUGUAGUUCUCUCAUACGGAACAAUGCAGAUAGCCUCUUCACUUUAAUUUGUAUUAGGAGUUAAUUAUUUUUCUUCAUUCUGGCCUAAUUCUUUUACUUAGGUUUCUAAUACUGUAGAAUAACAUAUUUAUACUAAUUUUAUUAAUAUUUGAAUUUGAAAACAGAAGCUUGGAAUCCUUUAAUGUAAUAAGCUAACCCAAGAUAUUCAACAAAUGUACUAAACUAGUGAAAAAAUUGCAAGCUCUUUCCACAUUAUUAGAAGUAAAAAUCCUGAUUUAAGUCAAAUCCAGCUGUUCUUAGUUACAAGGAAAGCUUCAAAUUGAAGUCCAAAUUCUGAUAUCUGUCAACUAACCUGUGCAGCAAUGGAAUAGUCUUAACAGUAUCCCUCUACAUUUGCAUCCAUGUAAAAUCUGAAUCAGCUUCCAAACCUAACUUUUGUGAAAAAUGCAGUUUUGUUUGGUUUUUUGGGGGGGUUAUGUUUUAGCAAAAAUUUCUAUUGAGCUUUUAAGAUGAAAUUAUAAUACCCAAGAUCCAUUACACUGUUACACUUUUAUUUUUUUUAAUCUCAAGGCCUUCUUUGUCUUAAUCUCACUGAAUAAAAAUACUUGGCUAUAAAACCAGAGAAGUACUGCUCUGUAGCCUUCUUUCCAAAUAAAUUCAGAAACACCUCUGUUCACUGCCUGUAAGCCCAAGACCUCAUUGUUUUCAAGGUAUUCCUCUGCCAACUAGCAGAAAUAGUAUAGGAUUUAACCCAUUGCUUCAGCAAUCAUUAAGAACUACUUCAGAUGGUUUCAAGACACGAGACAGUUGUGUUGCUCUGUUCCAUUCUUUCUGGUAACCAGCACUGGUCUCUCAUCACCACAGAGGAAUCUUUAUCAGCUAUUUUCAAUAGGUCUAUGGUUAUGAAAGCAAGGGACUAAUAAAUAGUCUUUAUCCAAGAGAUUUGGCAAGGCUGUGAGGGAUCUUUGGUGUACUCUAGCUCUGUUUUCAUUGAUCAGCCCUGACCUUCUGCUCACUCAAGCACUGCCUUCCUCAUGGUCCAAGCCUGCCAGGUGCAAGAUCUCUGCACUGGUUUUGUGGUUGGAUUUCAUCUCCACUGAAGAUAACGAGGGAAUAGCUGCACUGAUCAUCUCUAUACUGAUGUCAAUUGCCAGAGAUGAAGGACCAGCAUAUUCUGUCCCUGUGCCAUCUUGUACCAUGACAUCAUCCUGUCCCUAAGAGACCUCUCACUUUGUCAUUGAGCUCCCUGUAUGGCAGCCACGCUCAACAUUGAAUGAGGUAACUUUGCCAAGGAGAUGUAGAGAAUUGUUAGAGAAUAUCUGCGAAUAAGACUUUUAAGAUCAGAAAGAGAAAUUUCUGGCUACAGUCCCAUGGUACUACUACUAAAGGCAUUGAAGAGAGAAAUCCCCAAAAGCUCUGAUUAUAGAGCUAUAAUAUUAUAGUUUAAUAUCAAGAUAUUAAAUUUAAUAAAGAUAUUAAAGAUACUAAAACAAGUGGAGAUACAGAUAUACACAUACCAAAAAAAGAGCUGAACUUAACACAGGAGUGACAAAUGCCCAUUCUGUGUGAAAAGCAAAUUACAAUAAAAAUAUAAAUAACGUCACAUUUCUUGCAUUACUUUUUAAAGUAGCAAUGAGGAAUUAAAGGAAAUAGUCAGGGAUCUAUUUUCAAGGCUGUGCAAACUUUAAUGCCAUAUUGCUUAAUGCUAAAAUCUCAGUCAACAAGAUAGAAACUGUUUUCAAAAGUACUGGGUUUCUCUGUUGCUUGCCAUGAAUUUUCAUGGUGGCUAUUGAGAUAUAGGGGUGAGGUUUUUAAGGCAAAAAUGCUUGGGGAAAACUUGGAUGCAUUGAGAUUCUGCAUCUGCACUUUAAAAGGUCAGGAGCACCACUAAAAUCUGCGGGUUGCAGCCUGCCAUGCCAAAACUGAAAGUCCUUAAUGGUGUAAUCUACUGAAAUUUAACCUUAUAGUUAUGCCACAACUUAAUAAUAUCAUUAUUGAACAGUAUAAUUAUUUUACAUUGAAAGGAAAUAUAUAGUGCUAACCAAAAUACAAUCAAAUGAAAGUAGAGGUAGCUCUUAGGGUUUUCUUGCUUGUUUAGGUUUUAUAAAAUGUGUGCAUCAGGCAUUUUGCUGGUAGCUAGGUGUGAAAGCAGGUACAUUCAUUUAAGUCCAUGAAGGACAUGGGCUGCUUUUUGCAAGGAUAUGAAUAGACUUUUCAAAGGCAUUUAUUCCUGCUGGAAGUCAAUUAACUUCCCACCACACAUCGACUUUCAGUAGAAGUCAGGCCCUUGAUUCCCUUAGGCAAUUCCAGAACCCCAGCCAUGUAUUUGUAUUAGGUUUUGAAUCUAAGAUGACCUGACAGUGUCCUUGAAAAGUUCAAACAGUUGGAGCAAAGUUUCAGUGCUGCAGCACUCUAAUAGCUGAAUUAAUUUAUCUAAAAGCAUUUUAUGGUGAGAGCUUUGCAUCAACCAAGUAACAAAAACAAUGUUUACAUUUCGUUUUAUUUAAUCUUGGCCUCUGCCAGUGCUUAUUAUAUUUUACACAUUUACAAACUGAAGAACAAAUAGAAGGUUGGGUGAGGCAUAAAAAUUAAAGCAGCUUCAUUUCUUCGACUGAAGCUAUCAAGAGAAAGGGGUUAGGCUGGGAAACAACUUCUUGAUUAAUAUUUUAUUUGAAUAAAGUUUAUCUGGAGGUGGAGAGUAUUAAGUUGUUUGGAUGACUCCUCUCCAACAGCUGUGGAAGUAGAACGCUUUGUGUGACCCCCCUGAUAUCCCUACUCUGGGAACAGAAGCUGAGUAAGCCUUAGCUUAGACAAGGGUCAGCAUUUCCAAGCAAUGCAGCUGGAGUCUUCUGUUGUUUUAAUUUAGGCUACUAAUACUGAGCUGACACAGCACUUAGAUUCUUCAAGAAGUAGUAUAGUUAUCUUAUCUAAUUUCACGUACAAGCCGUGGAGAAUCACCAAGUGCUUUCUUUCCCCUCGGCAGAAAAUUCUACCAAAUACACAAGUACAAUGUGUCUGUUUGAGAAUGUUCAUGGGACUUUGUUGCAUAAUCCAGGAAAUAAGAAUAUAAUCCCUUCCCUACUCCUUAUUUUCCAAACAUCUAUUGGCAUUGGCAACAAUAUCUACUCAAUACUCUGCUUAUUACUUAAAGGUCACAUUUCACUAGGAAAACGAAAGCCAUUGUUCAUCAAGGUGGACCAUAGUCUUAUUUUUUAUUUGAUUUAAGAGAAAUUGUGAACACAAAGAAAGACACUUCACAUCCAAGUAGUCAGAAGCUUUUUGAUAUAGCCUGUGUUUAUAGAGCUGUUUUACGUCAAACAACAAAAAACCAUGACUGCAGACUUGUAAGAGCAUAGGUCUAAGAACAACCUUAUAGAAUAAAUACACUCUGUUAUAUUGUGGUUAUUUACAGUUUCACUCUAAUAUAUGCCUUCAGUUUUCAUUAUUUGAAAUUAUUUUUGAUAACAGAAUAAAUUUAAAUUUGCAAAGAUUUUGAGAGGCACAAUAUGAGAUAUGUUUUAAAUGAAAUAUUAUUCUCCACAGGUUGUCUAGCUUUCUAUAAAGGAGAAGUUUGAUGAAAAGCAGAAUCAACUCUUUCCUAGGAAGUAUGUAAUUUCUGGACUCAAAUGGAUUUCCUAUUAGGUACAUACAGAAGCUCCCAGAGGGGCAAGAUGGCUUUGUUUUCACAAAUGUUAUCUUUCAAAAUGCUUUUCAAAGCUAUUCCCCUUUUAAAGCCACAGAACACUGUCAGUGUUUUCAGUUUGCCUUAUCUGAGAAAACUUAACCUUGCUUUUUUCAUAUCUUUAGAAGAAAAAGAUGCACAUGAAGAAAAAUGAAAAUGACAUUACAUAACAUUUACAUGUAUUGCUUGGAGCUGCAGAAAUCCUCCUCUUUAUCCUAACUCAAGUUUACAUCAGAGUAAUUUCUCCAGCUCACCAAAGAGGUUUGGUCUUAAUAGUCAGUAGUCACAGAUCAAGUGAAAGAACUUUUCUUUGUUCAUCAGUUAAAUGAGGCAAUGAGCUGAUGGUCUGACCAGUGGGUGCUGUUCUAAGUUUGUUAGCAUUCAAAAGGCUGGAAACACCAUUUUUCAUCUCUGCAAUGGUCAGGGAGACACUGAGUAGUGUCUAGAAGAGUCCUUAGUCUGCUGCAGUAGCAGCAAUUGCUGGCCAUUAACCUCUGGGUGUCCUACUGUCUGUACUUAGUGCCCAGGGCCAGAACUAGACAGAGAGAGUGCUGUCCAGAACCACCAUUUCAGAGAUGCACAGAAUAAUUUGCUAUGGAAGAUGCCUCUGGAUGACAUCCUGUCACCCUUUUCCAAAGCAGGCCUAGCUGGUUCUUGCCCAUCUGUAAUUUCUGGGUGAUGCUUCCUCAGCACUCUGUUCACAGUGUACUGACUGAACCCCCCUACCAAGAGAAAGUGACAGACCUUCCUCUGCACUAUUACAUUUGGACAAAUGCUUAGCUCUAAGUUAAACAAAUUUCUUUGUAAACAGCAUCCAGACUGCUGCUUUCUCAGCCUCAUACGUAGUAGAUGGGUAUUUUGAUCCCUAGGUGUCUUUGUUGUUGAUAGUCUUAUUUGAGAUGGCAGGGCCUGAAAAGGUCAGUCUACCCCUGAAAAGGCAGGGGUAUUACUCUUUUGGCAAGCAACCCAUGGCACUUUGGCUCUACACAUUGGAUUUGGCUGGAUUCUCACUCAAGAAUGGGUUCUGCUCUGCUAAAAUCAAUGGAGACUUUGCUUCUAAAUUCUUUAUCUGGCAUUUUGCACAAGAAUUAAUUUCACUUUACAAAAUAAUCCAAAGAAAUGUGACUAGCCUUUUGUUUUUACCAACAACUGUGCAAAUGCUAAUUCUGCUCAUGCAGUGCUGUGUUCUGCAAUAAGUUAUUGCCCAGGAACCAUUUUUUUUGGUCUACAAAAUAAUAAUCUACUUCUAAAGAAGACCAAUUUAAAAUUGAAAAUACCCAGAUUACUAUCUCUGAGAAUUGUUUAGUAGUCAUUAAUUUCAUCUGCUGAAAAAACUCUAACAAAAAACACAUUUUCCAUGAAAAUUCCUGCAGUUUUGCAAGGGUAAAGAAAGGAAAAGUUGCUCUGUGCUGACUGCUUGUGUCAGCUUGUUCUUUCCCUCGGCUUUCUGAUCUCAGUCCACACCUGCAGGACCCUUCUCCCUCUUUUUGUUUUUUCCUUUCCAUUUAUCUUUUUUCUUAGUUCAUCAAAUUCUUCUGUUAGCCAAAUAUACUAUGGUAUAUGUCCCACACAAAGCAAGUCAGGAGGAGAAGCAAGUGAGGCACAGAGAGUUCUGAAGGCCCCAUCAGCUGAGAAGGUGUCAAACAGAGCUUACACCUCCUCAGACUGCAGCUUAGAUGCAAAGGGUAAACAACAAGUGUUGUGAUAUUUUAGCAUCUCUAAAAAAAAGAUCCCUUUAAUCUGCCAGGAUUUUAACUUCUUUGUUCACUGUCCUAUCCUUGCCUUUUGCUCUUUUACCUUCUUUGGAUGCCUAAGGCUUUACGGCCCAGUGCAUGAACAAGAGAAGCUACAGAAAUGUUUCACCCUAUUUGCAGAAGAUUUGGUCUUUGUUUGGCACCAUGUAAUAGGUCCAUGCAAUAGCAGGAAUUAGAAACCACAAACCACAGUGCAUGACGAUAAGAAAGUGGAGAAUUUUGUCAUACUUCUAAUGAAUUUCCAGUGUUAGAGAUUUCACAGUUGUCCCAGGCAACCUAUUGCAGAGCAUCUUAAUUUUAAACAUUUUCCCAGGCACUAAAUUUAUCUCUCUCUUGCCACAGCUGAGGCACAUUGUUUGCAUUUGAGCCCUGCUGAAUACAGAGAACAGAAAAUUCCCCUCCUUUUGGAAAGGAAGGUAUUUUUUACGAUAUCUCAUCUCAGUCAUUGCUCUCUCAAGCUAGAAAUAUCCCCUUCCUUAUGUGACAUUUUCUACCAUUGCUCUACCAUGCUCCAGAUUGUGCUUCGUCUCUUGGUCACUUUUCUUUUCAAGUACAGUGCUCAAAAUGAAAUACAGAGACAGAGAAAAUAUAUUGCUAAGAGAGUAUGGAGCAGCACAAUAUUUUCCUCAUCUUACUGACCUAUCCUGUUCCUGUGUCUGGACUGGUGCUUGCUAUUUUAAAACACUGUUGAUUCAUCUUCAGUUUUUCAUAUAAUAUCAAUGCCAAAUUAUUUUUUUCAAAACUGUUACCUAAACUGUAGUGCUUCCAAUUAUGCAGGUGAUUAUUCCAAUGCACCAUCUUUCAUGGAUUGUUAUUGAGUUACUUCUGUUUUCCAGAUCCCUUUCUCAUAUGCUUAUUGGUUUGAAUUCUAGUCUUUCAGCAUCUUUGCCACCCUGAGUGCCUGGAAUCAUCUUCAGACCUAAAAUUGUGUCCUGUAUUCCAUCAUCCAUGUUAGUAAUAAAAACAGUGACUCACUAUUUUUUGCAAAACUGAGUCGAUACUUUCUUCCUGUUUGAAAUAAAACUAUUGGUCUCUACCUGC